AUGACGUCCGAUAGCGACAAUCAAUUAAGAUUCCGGUCUUUGCAUAUACGAACAUCUAAUGAGAUCAAAGGAAACUUUAUCAGGUUGCCAAGCCACAUAGUACAGACCCUUGAAAAUACAGGCGUCAUAAUUCAAGAGUUUGGGAUAUCAAUACUUCAAAAUGGCAAGAAUGUUCUUCAUGUGGGAUGGGAUGGGUAUGAGUCUCAGUCGUAUAUGAGUGGUCAAGCCACCGUUGAGAUCAAUCCUGUGUUGGCGCAAAGUGUGGGGAUACCGAUCGGCUCUGCAAUUGAUAUCACUGUUGGCAGAUACGGCAGUUCACGAAUGGCGGAGGAGGUUUAUGUCGAACCUGAGACGAGCGAUGAUUGGGAGAUCAUUGAGACUCAUAGUCAAUUCUUUCAAGAAGAAAUGCUCCAUCAAACUAGAAUAGUGGCUAUUGAUGAAACUCUUUUCUGCUACGUUGACAACGUAACCUGCAGAUUCAAGAUUAAAAAAAUCAUUCCUGAGUCGUUGAGGUCUGCAAGAAUCAAUAAUGGGUCCCUUAUCGCGGUCGCUCCUCGAGUAGCCGCUUCGAGGGUACAAAAGGCUCCUGCGCAUAGUAGGACUUUGUCAACGACUACAUCUGUUGAUCAACUGAAUCGGCCAGACGUGGCGAUCAAGAGGAGUAUGUACAAUUUUACUGGAAUGAAUGAUCAAAAUAUGCGUAUCUCUGUAAAUUCGAGCGAGAUAAAAUCGCAGUUCUCGUUUGUUUCAAUUCUGCAAAACGCACUGGAUAUUAAGCAUCAAGGGAAGUACGGUAAGCAAGAAACGAACCUUAAGAUUACCAGAAAAAUAGCAGUUGCUGUUGAAGGCCGCGAUGACAUUCCCAAGGGACAUGUGGCGAUGACGCCGAUUGUUUGGGAUGCCCUCUGGUUUCAAGCCCAGAAUGGAUACAAAGUAGUCAUCGAGUUCCUAAAAGAGGAGAAGUCUGAUACAGCAGCUAGUCAAAUUAUGGUUGUGUUACGCCCUUUUGCUAAGAGCGAUAAAGCAAAGCCAAUCGCCAGAACUAACAAGCAGAAAGAGUCAAGGGCCUCACAGGAAGAGAAAACCAUGCCUCAAGCGGUUCUAGACAUAAUACAAAAGUUCAAGGAUGGUCCUUUAACCGAUAAAAUGGCUCUACAGAAAGAGCAGCUUUUUCUGGAAAUUGUUGAUGAAAAUACUGGUAGGCACAUACCAUAUGUAAGAUGUGUCAAACCUAAAGAUUUGAAAUGGAGCUUUAGGGCGGCUCAUGAAGCCAACGUCUCUAUUUUAUCGGUUCCUCACCAGCACGGUGGGCUUGAUAUAACAAGAAUAGAUGAUUUCUUGCCAAAUGAAGUUACAAAACAAAUAAUGGAGCACUUACUAAUGCCAGUUACAGCGUCCAGUGCAGUGGUUUUAACGGCCGGAACAGGAAUGGGCAAAACAACCGUCUUGAAGGAACUGGCUUUGGAAUUGUCGAACCAUGCGAGAUAUGUCAACUACACUGAUUGCAAUACACUAUCUGAUAUUGAGAAUUUGGGAAAAAUGAAGCAGUUUAUACAAGAGCUUUGCUCCCAGUGCUAUUGGCACCGGCCCUCGAUAAUCCUUCUCGAUAAUGCCGAGACUUUGUUCCCCAGCAAUAAGACGGACGAUCCUCAGCAGCAGGCAUUGCAGCAAAGUGGUGGUAUAACAGCUGCGAAGUUGGCAUUAUAUUUCAUCAAUCUCGUGGAGAGCAUCAGCAAGAAAAGCUCCGAGGCUAUUCGUGUUGUUCUUACUGCUCCUGAUAAGAGUCAACUGAACAACUUACUUUACAACAAGCAUUUUAUAUGCCAGUCCUUCAAAAAAAGUUCUCCCAGCGUUGAUGAAAGAGGUAAGAUGAUUCAGUUUUUUAUCAAGAAUUUGGAUGAUAAGCUGCAAUUAAGCAACCAAGUGCAGUACCGUGACAUCGCCUUGGAAACGGACUGCUAUUCGCCUUUAGAUCUUCGAAUUCUAGUAGAUAAGCUUUUCCAUCAAUCUAUUACGAAGAUGGAUCCCAAAGGUGGCAGCAUUGUACUUGACAAAGAGACAUAUAUGGAUACACUGAGGACGUUCUCACCAACCUCCUUACGCGGAGUGAAGCUAACUAGGAGUACAGGAGUUAACUGGAACAAUAUAGGUGCGCUUAAGGGUCCCAAGAGAGUGUUGCUAGAGACACUAGAAUGGCCCACUAAGUACGCACCUAUAUUUCAAAACUGCCCUCUGCAGUUGAGAUCUGGUAUAUUGUUGUACGGGUUCCCCGGUUGCGGAAAGACCAUGCUGGCGAGCGCCGUGGCGCAGCAGUGCGGUCUGAACUUCAUCACCGUGAAUGGUCCAGAGAUUCUGAACAAGUACAUCGGAGCAAGCGAGCAAAACGUACGAGAACUCUUCGAACGCGCCCAAUCGGUGAAGCCGUGCAUUCUAUUCUUCGAUGAGUUCGACUCCAUUGCCCCCAAGAGAGGCCACGACUCUACAGGCGUCACAGAUCGUAUUGUCAACCAACUCUUGACCCAGAUGGAUGGUGUCGAAGGGCGCGACGGCGUUUACGUUCUUGCCGCCACCAGCAGACCCGAUCUCAUCGACUCAGCUCUUCUAAGACCCGGAAGAAUCGACAAGAGCGUGCUCUGCAACAUCCCGGACCACAACGACCGACUUGACAUCUUACAAAUGAUCACCUCCAGCGGACAAAUGACGCUUAAACCCGGUACCGAUCUCGGGCCCAUAGCCAGCCAGACUGCAGGCUACUCAGGAGCAGACCUACAUGGCCUCUGCUACAAUGCCUAUCUGAAGUCCGUCCACAGAGAGCUCCAAUCACAGGACACAGUCCAAGAUUCCAAGUCCAAGAUGUCUCAAGUGGAGUACAGCGUGAUAAAUGCCAAAAAUGAUGACAUCCUGCCAAACCUCUCCGACGAAAAACAAGACCAACGUUCAAAAACCUCCAGGACCGCCAAGAACAUUGCUAUCAGCCUACAGGAUUUAAUAGAAGCGUGCCAAGAGACGAAACCCAGCAUCUCCACCUCCGAAUACAAAAAAUUACACGCGGUCUACGUUAAAUUCCAAAGUGACAGAGAAGGUGACAUGAUCGGCAACGAAAGCUCUAGCGAAGUUGGCACAAGAACAUCUUUAAUGUGA